GACAAGCGGCGCUAUCUUCAGGAUAAGGAGUCUGAUCCCUUGUUUCAUGUCGCUCUCGAGCAGUACAUGGCAUCUCCCGCAUGCAGCUACUGUCAGGGAAGCUGUGAGUGCUGCCAUCCCGGCAUAUGAAGAAGCUGUGGCUACUGCCGCCCACGCAUAUGAAGAAGCUGUGAGGACUGCCAUCUAUCCAUAUCAAGGGAAACUGCCUUCUUGGAUAACAAAGCUGCCAUUUGGAUCUUUCAAAAGGAAGGCAAAAGAAAAAGAAUCUUUAUGCUCUCGGGCGGAGGCGCAGUUAAUUGAAGCUGUUCUUGAAAUCGCUCUAAAUCAUCGUCUGCCUAGACCUUAA